GAGUUUGGGUUUUGGCAUUUACGCACACUUCACAUUCUCUUGAAGCAGCCACCACCCCGCCGCCCGCCACCCGCCACCCGCCACCCGCCACCAACACCACCACUCUGAUUCCACAAUGCGGAGUUUAAUAAUGAAGAACUUGUUAUCCCGUAUCAAAACAAGAAGAAAAAAUAACAAAUUCAUCAGAAACAGAAACAAAAACAUUCUCAAACAUAAAAAAAACCAAAACCGCAUUUCUGUCAUUGAAGAAGAAGAAGAUACAGAAGAAGGUUUCAGCAUCAAAAGCUCUGCCCCAUCACAAACUCACGGUGUUCAACCCUUAGGAAAUCUCUAUCUCAAUCCAGGUUCCAUCAACUCUAGAGACACUGGUUUAGGUAAUCUUCAUACUCUUACAGAUGAACUUGUUCUUGAUAUUCUGGGUUUUUUGGAUGGUACUAGUUUAGGUGUUUUAGCUUCUGUGAGCAAAUCGUUUUAUGUUUUUACCAAUCAUGAACCCAUUUGGAGGAAUCUUGUGUUGGAUAAUCUUAUUGAUGGGUUUCAGUAUAAUGGGUCAUGGAAAUCUACUUUUGUUUCUGCUUAUUACCCUUCAUUUGAUAUCUCGAGUAGCGAUCGUAGGAGUUUUAAAGUUAGAGACUUUUAUUCUGAUUAUCUUUUCCAGAGUUGGUUAUGUGCUAAUCUUGAAAUGAAACCUGAAUGGUUGGAGAGGGAUAAUAUUGUUCGGAAGAGAGGUAUUUCGGUUGAAGAAUUUGUGGCGAGUUUUGAGGAGGUUAAUAAGCCGGUUUUGUUGGAAGGGUGUAUUGAUAAUUGGGAUGCAUUGAGGAAUUGGGAUAGAGAUUAUUUGGUCAAGUUAUGUGGUGAUGAUGUUAAGUUUGCAGUUGGGCCUGUGGAGAUGAAGCUUAGGGACUAUUAUAGAUAUUCGGAUCAAGUUAGAGAAGAAAGGCCAUUGUAUUUGUUUGAUCCGAAGUUUGCUGAAAAAGUUCCGAAAUUGGGUUUGGAUUAUGAAGUUCCGGUGUAUUUUCGGGAGGACUUGUUUGAUGUUUUGGGUAAUGAGAGACCUGACUACAGAUGGAUUAUUAUGGGACCAGCUGGAUCUGGAUCGUCUUUUCACGUUGAUCCAAAUUCAACUUCAGCUUGGAAUGCUGUGAUCAAAGGGUCGAAGAAAUGGAUAUUGUUUCCUCCCGAUGUUAUUCCGCCUGGUGUUCAUCCUAGUCCUGAUGGUGCAGAGGUGGCAUCUCCUGUUUCAAUAAUUGAAUGGUUCAUGAACUUUUAUGGCGCAACUAAGAAUUGGAAAAAGAGACCAAUUGAGUGCAUAUGUAAAGCUGGGGAGGUUAUCUUUGUACCUAAUGGAUGGUGGCAUUUGGUGAUCAACCUGGAGGAAUCAAUUGCCAUAACACAAAAUUAUGUUAGCAGGAGAAAUUUGUUAAAUGUCUUGGAUUUUCUUAAAAGGCCGAACGCGAGCACACUGGUAUCUGGAACAAAGGAUAGAGUAAAUUUGCAUGAUAAGUUUAAGAAUGCUAUUGAGGCUUCUUUUCCUGGAGCAAUUGAUGAACUGACCCAAAAAGAAGAAGAGAAAAAGAUCCAGCAAAGGAAACUUUCCUUCUGGGAUUCUGUUGCAGAUGUGGGAGCUUUCAAGUUCUCUUUCUAGAGAAGUUCAUACAUAGUAGUGACGACUGAAGUUGCUGAUCCAAGUUUCCGACCGAUUAUAGAAAUCAAUUUAGACAUUUUGAUUAGUUUUUAAUUGGUUGUACUCAAUUUUGACAUUCUGAUUAGUUUUUGAUUUAUUGUACUCUAUUUCUUAGAAGUUAUUACAGAAACGUACAGAAAUCCAAUUGCACGUGGACUGUAAAAUCUUGUAUUCGAUUGAUUGCUUCAA